GCAGUAGAAGAUAGCAGCAAGCUCAAAGAGCCGCCAAUAAAGCCAUCGAGUGUGUGGGUAAUGCGUUGUGUCUCCAUGAGAUGACAUUUUGUGGGAGUUCGUGUGGUGAGAAAGAAUAGUUUGCUUGCUUUGUCCAUACCGUACGUCAAGUAAGUCAAGUCAAGUCAAGACCAUGACGGUCCCCAGUAGCACCGCCAGCUAUCACAUGAGUCAUGAUCCAACCCAACAACGGCUGCGUGCUCUGCUGUGCAACCAAUACUUGGUAGGAGCUGCCAGUUGGAAAAAAGCCACGGCCGCCGGCGCCAUUGUCGUGGCCAUGAGUAUCAUUGCCUUGGUCACAUUGCCCGGCCCACAACCGCAGUAUCACAUUGCCUUUAUUGGCAACAGCAUGAUGUACUACAAUGACUUUCCUCGAUUCAUGGAAGCACUCUCGGACAAUCACAUUACACAAGAUUGCUGUUUGCAUGGAGACGCGUCGCUCGAUACCAUUUUGACGUGGGGAUCCGGAACCUACCAAAUUUGGCAUACCGGAGUGGCACGCAUUGAUACGUACAAUGACGACGGGCAUUCCAAACAGCAAGAUGAUGAUGAUUCGUCCCAUCAAGUGCGAUACGACAUGGGAGCUUGUACAGUAGAACAACUGCUAUUUGGGUACGACUAUGAACUGGAUCUUCGCAUGCAAGAAACGGAUUACUAUGACAAGAAAAAUGGGGAUGAUGACAAUGCCGCCAAUCAACAAGAACAACAACUCAAUGAUGACUUUUAUACUUAUAACGAUGGAAAAAAUCCGUGUUGGAAUGAUCCCAGUUAUUACUAUUUCCGACAAGAACAAUUUGAGACGGAUGGACCACCCCAAUUUGACUUUAUCGUCAUGAAUGAUCGAACCAGGGCACCGGCUCGACGAGAAACACGCAACACAUCACUGCAAAUCCUACAAGACAGCUACAUUGAUUGGUUCCUCGAAACUGGGGCCAUUCCCGUCUUUAUUGUCACGUACGGAUACGAUACACCCUAUCGGGACAUGUCGGGAUUGACCAAUGUCUCCACAUUUACGUCCUUGACGUACGAAGGAUACCAGGAAUACGCUGCAUUGGUCGCUUCCUACUUGCCAGACACACAACAACCCCGAUUGGCGCCCGUCGGAUUGGCAUUUCUAAUGGUCUACGAAGAGAACGUUGCGUUGUGGCAAAAACUAUUUCACAUUGAUCAAAUUCAUGCAUCGCCGCAUGGUACCUUUUUGCAAGGAUGUGUCGUUCAUCACACUAUUUUUGGACGAUUGCCAUCACCGCACGUCAUCCGCAAUGACAUGAGUGCGUUGUGGAAUCAUGCGAGACGUAUGCAACCGCGCAAACAUCGACGAUUGCCCAUGCCCACAUACGAAGAAGCGGCGUAUCUGUAUCAUGUCGCCGAACGCGUCACGGUACGGAACCAAGUCCCCAAGACGCUGAUACGAUACCAGAAUCAUGAAGCGUCCGAUUAUAUCCCCAAUGAUAGUAUCUACGCCGAUAAUGAUAUUUAUAGAUGACGAAGCAAUCUUCU